CUUGUUGCAUGGAGAGCGAAAAGUGUUGAGAAACAUUGGUGAUAAUUUUGGAAUUUAAAAUUCCCGCUUAUUUUGUGACGUAUCUUAAAGCCUAAAGCUCAUUGGCUGAAGUCGGAUACGAUGCGCAAGAGCUCACCAAUCAUUUUCCAUCAUGGUUCGCCGCAUGAUGCUUUGACAACUGACUUUCGCUGACUUUGACGCAUGAUGCAAUGACAUCAUGCUUUGUUGUGCAAUAUCUACAUGCUCCCUCUUUAUGGGUCAGCAGAGGUGGCACAUUUUAAGAUAGAGAUUGGUGACAGAAAACCAUGGAGACAUUAAAUGAAUUCACAUUGUUAAUUAACUGGUUGUUUAAAAACAGUCUUGGUGUUUAAUUUGCUUUUUGACAUUUCGUUGUUGUUGUCUUUGAUGUUUGGGCAAGACAAUAUUUUCGUAGCAGGAAUUUUAUUGAAGUGGGGCAAUGUUUAAGUGGGGCAUUGUACCCAAAGAGUACCGUUUGCAUGAAGCACCGUUACUCGACUUUAGUGUCGUGGCCGGCUGAUAGACGCUAACCUCGUGGUACCUCUUCAAUGAUAUGGUUCUGCCUACGUGUUUUGACGUUUGAUAUAUCUGACCUAUAUUGGAAUGUGAACGUUUGUGACGCAUGUGAAUGCAAACGUUGAAAUUAUAGGUUCUAGAAUUCCUGAAAAUUGCUGCUUGCUGAAAAAUUAACAUUUACAUUUUCAUAGUUGAAGCACUUAUAUUUCCAGGUGCAACGAUGGCCCAAAAGAGUGUAUUCAUGACGUACUUUUUGUGGUUAGUUGGUGGAUUUUUUGGUUUACAUCAUUUGUACUUAGGACGUGACUCUCAGGCGUUUUUGUGGUGGUGCACCCUUGGAGGUUAUAUUGGUUUAGGUUGGUUGAGAGACAUUUUUUUGAUACCCCGUUAUGUUGCGGAUGCGAAUGAAGAUGAACAAUUUUUACGUAAACACAUUCAAACCGUGAAGAAACAUGAAAGGCCUCCCUUCUCGAUGACACGUUUUUGUGGAAUGGUCAUUGUCUCUUAUUUAUUUGGAUCAGUGGUUAUGCUUGCAAUUCCUGAAGAUGAAGUGGCCAAUAUAAAUUGGAACUUUUUAAUGAUUUUUGUACCUUUGGCAUGUGCUGUGGGUGUGUGGACUGUUGGCAACAUUGGCCGAGAGAUGGGUACUAUUUGGUGGGCUCUUGCCGCAGCUUAUGCUGUCUAUCCAUUCCGUUCCAUAAUAGAUGACGACUCCAACUGGUUUACUGGUAUGACAUUUCUUUCAGCUUUGGCAUUUGAUAAUAAGUCAAAACAGUGGAGAAGAACACCUGUAAUUAAAAAAUCACUUUUUAGACGUGUCACAACAUUGGUUCUUUGUGGACUUCUUUAUUUGUCUUUGUGGAGUAGUUACUUAUAUUUCAAUGCCCGUGUAACUGAUAGUGAUGGAGAAGAAGUAAAAGUCCAUGAAGCUCUUCAUCAUUUCUUUACCUCUCCAUGGUGGAUGGAUGUCCAACAAUCUUUCCAAGAUACUUGGACUUAUGCCCAACAUCAUGGGUGGUAUGAAACAUGGAAACAAGUGAUAGAUUUAACAGAUCCCCAUGGAGAGCAAAAUGCUUACAAGGUUCUUGGUGUAUCUAGCAGUUCUUCACAAGCUGAAAUAACAGCUCGCUGGCGAGCCUUAUCAAGAGAAUUUCACCCUGAUAAAGUAAAAGAUCCUGAGCAGAAGAGUGUUGCCCAAGAACGUUUCAUGGAAAUUCAACAGGCCUAUGAGAUCCUUUCAAACAUAAAGGUGAAACGAAAGAGGCGCAAUAAAAAGUUUGAUACUGAGUUCUGAAUUUCUCGAGUGAGCUUCUAUUAUAUCAGGUUUAUUGGAUCUGAAGUUAUGUAUAUUUAAGCAAUGGCUGUGCCUUUUUUGCACGUAUGUUUUUUCUAGUUUCCUUUGCCUUAGGCUCUUAUCAAGCGAGACUGAAUAUACUAAAUAUCAUUGUAUUUAUAUAUUAUGAGGUGUUUUACAACUAUUGUAAGAGCUGCACAUAAUUUAAUUCUUAAUGUAAGGCUCCCCCUUGUAACGCACUCGUAACACACGCUUGACCCCCUCCCCUCUGAAUAAUUAUGUAACCCUUGUGACACCCCCUCCCUCUGUAAACGCAAGAAGUAAUAAUAAAUUAUAGCUCAGCGAAAACAAUUCAUUUUACUUGUGUUGUAUAUUAAAGUAAUUAACAAUAAAUAAAGUAGAAAUUAGUUGGUGAUACUGGCUGCACUUAACAAUGAGAUUGGGGCCUGUUGGGACUAAAGGAAGUAUGCAUGGGCGAGAAUGGUUGAUCACAAGCAUGCCGUCUGAUGCAAGAGCAAGAAUCUACAGCACCAAUUUAAAUUGAUUCUAGAAUGUACUGCAUAUCAGUUUUGAAUAUUUUCUUUGUGGUCUUACAGAUUCCAAAAAAAUGUUGAAAAGAUUUUUCUAUUUAUUGUAACAAUUUAUAACUAAUAACUUUAGUUGUUUUUUUUUUAUCAAAUUAAUUAGUUAAUAUUGUAAUGUUUUAGUAAAGAACUCAAAAAUGGAAUUAUUUAAGCAAAUGUUAAAAAAAAAUAAUUAAAUAUCAAUGUUACAUAAAACAACUAAUAUUCUCCUACCCCUAUGUAACGUAGUGUAACUCUGCCUCAGACCCCCCUCCCUCCUUCUUUAGCGUUACAUAAUGUAUGGACGACCCGUAAUGUAUGUGUUCUUUAUUACUAAUGGUCAAAUCAACGAAUAUUUAUUGUUUUAUCAUGAUUUUUAUAGUUUUUAGAAUAUAUUUCCGUAUUUCUUUUCAAUGAUCUGUCUAAGAUAGUUUGCUGAUACUGUGAUUGCAUAAAUUUGUUAAUUCUCUUGUUUUGCUUGUGAAGUACUUGAUGAGAUAGAACAAACAAACAAAUGGCAUGUAAUUUUAUUGUAAUAAUGAUAACUUGCUCUCGAGAUGACAACUGCAUUGGUUUAAAUAUAGAUUUGUGAUGUCUUUCUUUAAUCUGUGUAUCAGAAAUGUUAAGUAAUGUACAAAGUAGCAAAACAAGUUAAAGGAAAGGCAAAAAUAUUUGCAAGUAUGAAAGGACCUCUUGGUUAAUAAUUUUAACUAUGCAAUUUCUGUACAAAAGAUUACUAUUUAUUUGUCUGCUUUAUAAGGGACAAAUUGAUUACAUUCCUUACGUAGAGUCAUAAAGAAUCAUUAAAUUUAUAAGUAAUUCAGUAUUGAAAAAUAAGUUAGGUGCAAAUGUGGUGGGACACUGGCAACAGUUUGUUUUAUAAUGAAUCUGGAGACAUUCCUUGAAAAUUAUUUUUUUACUAACUGAUAUCAAAUUUAUCACAGAUUUCAAAAUAUCAUAUAGGUACAUUAAUUUUAUAUCUCAGAGAAGUCUGGUGAUGAUGAGGUAAAAACACUUCUUUCAUUUAUUGUAAAUGUCUUUGUGACAUUUUAUAUUUAAUCUUGGUACAAAUAUUUUUAUACUAUUUGUAAGAAAUGAAAAUAUUAAUUGCAAAUGCCUUGCUUCAGAUUCUUCCUUUUCUAAAGAGUUGAAGUUUGUUAGUAAAGUUAGUCUUCCAGUAUUUUCUAGAAUUUUUUUUAUGCUUUUGCAAUAAAAAUAAUGAUUUGGAGAAAAUACAACUUUUUGAAGAAUAAAAAUCCACCUUCAAUUUUUCUAUAAGAAUUUCUCUAAAAAAUUUUAAAUAAGUUGUUUACAACUGACUUGCCUUGUAAUUAAAGCCUGACCUCUGACUUUUAUUAGAGAAAAUUAUAAAUUAAUAUUCAAUCCACUGAUAUCACUGUGGAGUAAAAUGCAAGAUUCCAUAAAAGUAUCUUAAAAAUUUUCUAUACUUUUUUUAAUGUCUUUAGUAUUAAAUGCUAUUUUUCUCACAAACCUCAAGUAGAGAUGAAAGAGUAAUCUGAAGGUUUUUUUAAAAUUGUGUGUAAUAUCAUAUUUACUUGAUAGACAUUUCUUCGUUUUUCAGUUAUAAAAUGUGUUGUAUGUUUUAUAAUUCUGGUCUUACAAUAAUGUCUUACUAUUGAAAUCUCUACAAGAAUCUAUGGAGUCUAUCAAAGAACCAGUAUAUUGGUGGUUUGAAGAAAUUCACCACUACUCCUACAGUAUUCAUAAUUUUUUCAACUGUGAUGAAUCGGAUUCCAUUAUAUAUUUCAUAUAUAAUAUUAUUGUUUUUACAAUAUUUUUCAUGUUUGUAUUAUUUGAGAUUCAAGGUUACCUUCAGUUCAAAUGCAACUAUUUUUUAGGAUUUCCACUUGGUGAAAAGAACUAUUUCUCUGUAAUUAUAUUUGUAUAUUGAAUAAUUUAUUUAAUGAGAACACAAUAAGGCAAAAUGAAAUAUAAUAAAAAUAACAUUACUACUGCUGAUAAUGGAGAUGGAAGUUUGUUAAAAAUGAAAUAUUAUUGAUGUUAUUAAAAUGGUUGC